AUUUCUAGUAAAUAAUCUAAACAAUCUAAAUUUGUAUAAGUGGGUGUCGGUAGGGGUAAAAGUUGGAGGGAAUACAAAAGUAGAUGUUAAUGGUAAAUAUCACAUGGUCUGGCUGAGAUGAAACCUGAAAUUCGGUGAGGAAGCGAGAGUAAAGGGUAGGUAACCUACCCCUGAAAUCAAUGUUCAUUCUGUAUCUCACAAGGCAUUGAAUUAGUAAACUAAUCACAAUUAAAAUAUGUAGACUAAGAAAUUAAGGGGUACAUCAGAGAGUUACGCAUAAAAUAAUAUCUAUUCUCACUGAUUUUUUCUCCUCCCUUUCCUUCCCCUCCCCUUUCUCACACAAAAUAAGGGAAUGUUGAAGAAGUAUACAUCCCUACCUUCUCCCUUCCUUUCCUCCUUUCCUCCCUGAACGUAACAUGGAUUAGCAGCUUAGCACAAACUAAAUGCUAGUGAUAUUGCCCAGGAUUCUUCUCUUGUUACAUGUGUUUACUGAAAAAAUGCUUUAUGCAGCUCCAAAACUCAAGAACCUUGGUUAAGAAAUCUGUUGCUACUACUCGUAAAGCUUCUCUGCCAUUACCAGUCAAGGAUGCAAUUUGCGGUAGGCCUAGUCUUGGAAUCAUCGACAUCAUCAAGUCCCCAGAUGUUUCAGUCAAUGCCCCUCGAAUUGACAAGAUAAUUGAAUUUCCUUUAGUGUCGUAUGAGGAUCCCUUCUUUCAUAUGCAUAAAAUUUUAUCCGCCUCCUUGCAAAGUUCCUCUAGUUCACCACAGGGUGACCGCUCUAUAAUGAAUGACAGAUGCACCAUUCAGUUUCCUGAUAGAUCUGACAGAUUGAGCUUCAACAAUAAUUCUAAAGGAUUUCAAGGACCUACAUUUAAUGUUAGAGAGGAUGGAAGUGAGUGUUCUGAUCAAAAUGCUACAGCUGGCAUGUCUAGCCGAACCUCAUCAGACCAAAAGCGCCACCAUUUUAAUAUGUCUUCUUGCAGACAACGAGCUGAAGCUUUGGAAGGAUUGCUUGAAUUUAGUGCGAAAUUGUUACAAGAAGAUAGAAUUGAAGAACUUGGGGUUUUACUGAAGCCUUUUGGGCCAGAGAAAGUGUCAUCCAGGGAAACUGCAAUAUGGUUGACUAAGAGCUUCAAGGAAAAUACAGUGAAACCAGGAGAUUAGUGAAGCAGUGUGCGAGUGACCAUGAGCUUUAAGGAAAAUACA